AUGGGUCAUCCAGCACUCACGUCACGGGAGCACCUGGAGCUUUUGAGGAGCUCUGCUUUCGAAUCCGAGCACGCCUGGCUCUACGACAACUCCUAUUUGCAACACGAGGCAGCGGCGUUGGCGCUGGAACAAGAGAUUGAGCAGUCACAUGCCAGCAUAUCGCCCGACGACAACUCUGACGAGCAAGUCCGCAUACUCAAGACGCAGAUCAACAUCCACAGAGAGAGACAGAGGGCCCUGAGGCCACACCUUGAAAGUGGGAGCGAUCAGAUUGACGAAGAGGGCAAUGAGUGUGUCUUUGUACCAGCACCGAAUCAAUGGGGAGCCAAUGGAGACUUGGACGAGGAGAGUGAGAGCCUAUCCGCAAUCCAUAACCUCCUCACCUGGCAAACUUCCUACUCGCCUGUGUCACAUGCUCCACAUGACGAACUCCCUUCUCCUGACAUCCCGUACCACUCGUUACUCGAUCCUACACAGCCUACAACGACGUACAAUCUUCACCGCACACGAGAAUGGACCGGGUCUUCAGGCUUCCGGAAGUAUAUCUACAGCGCACGCGACUACUCGAACAAAUACGCUUUGUAUAUGCUUGAAGCCACCCAUCGCGACGACAGUCAAGUCAACGCUGCCGACUUCUUCCGCGUCGCUGAAUUCCCACAACCGUGCAUAUCUAUCCUUCUCUCUGGCAUCGACAAGAAGCGUAUGGCAACUAAAGAUGCUGCCUACAAAUCGCGAAGCAUACACCUGAAGGGCCCCUUCUCGCAACCGAUUUCUGAAUAUCCAGAUAGACAGCACAAGAUUCCGUGGUCGCCACGACGCUUUAAAUACGGCGGACGACGGUUCGUGUGGAAACAGGGUGAUCCAAACGAUGAUGCAAUGCCGGAGACAUUGUACGAAUACCAGCAAGAUUGGAUGAAACCUGGAAGCAGGACGGGCAAGCGAUGCGACGACGCGAAGCCAAUCAAACUAGUAUGGGGCGAGAAGAGAAGGAAGGGCAAAGUGGACAGUUAUACGAUCCAUUUCAGAGGUGGCAUGGACCAAGUAUUCAGGGAGAUUCUGCUUGCAAGCCAGAUGGCGCGGCAGGUAUGCCUCUUUACUGCAAUGGACUAA